CCCGCCUCGCUCCGGAAUCGCUUUCCCCGAGCCAACGGCUUCCUGGAGGAGAUCCGGCAGGGCACCAUCGAGCGGGAGUGCAUCGAGGAGGUCUGCAGCUAUGAGGAGGUCAAGGAAGUGUUCGAGAACAAGGAGAAGACGAUGGAGUUUUGGAAGGGCUACAGCAACUCUGUGUACUCUGUCAAGGACCCUGGGCAUGGCACGGAGCGCUCAGACGCUAUGUACGUGGUGGUGCCCCUCUUGGGAGUGGCUCUUCUCAUAGUCAUUGCCCUCUUCAUCAUCUGGAGGUGCCAGCUUCAAAAGGCCACCCGCCACCGCCCUUCCUACACCCAGAACCGUUACCUGGCCAGCCGAACGGGACGCAACCUCCCCAGGGUCAUGGUGUACCGGGAGCGCUCGCAAAGCCAAGGGGAAACCCAGUAUCAGAGAGAAGCGAGCAACCGAGUGGCUGGAGAUGGCAGAGCUGGUGGCACCCCUCAGCAAGACGGCACCCUCUACCCGCCUGAG